UCUUUCGUGUUUGUGUGCUGGGGGGAUGGGGUCGUGUCGAGGAUGAGAGGCUCCAAAUAUUUAUCUCUUGGCUAACUGGGUAUAUAUUUGGACGCACAAACCGUUUCAGCUUCGUAUGAGGCUCGGCGGAGUUUGUCCUCUGUAAAGUGGAGUCCACGAUUCGCUUAAGAAAGUCGACAAAAUGUAUUCUGCAGGAGCUGCAGAGGUUGUGGAAGGACCCCGUUCCUCUGGGUCAACAAGCUCUGAUCCGCCAUCUUCCCCGUUGCCAGAAUAUGUGUUCAAGCCACCUCCGAGGCCGGAUUUUGGCACCAUGGGCAGGGCAAUCAAGCUCCAGGCCAACUUUUUUGAAAUGGAAAUUCCCAAACUGGAGGUCUAUCACUAUGAUGUUGACAUUAAGCCAGAGAAAUGCCCCAGGAGGGUUAACCGUGAAAUUGUGGAGCACAUGGUCCAGUAUUUUAAAACUCAGGUCUUUGGUGAUCGAAAGCCAGUGUAUGAUGGAAGAAGGAACCUCUACUCUGCCAUGCCUUUGCCCAUAAACCAAGACAAAGUGGAGCUUGAAGUGACAAUUCCAGGUGAAGGCAAAGACCGCAGUUUCAAAGUGUGCAUCAAAUGGGUGUCUUGUGUGAGUCUACAAACUCUGCAUGAGGCGCUAUCAGGGCGGCUACCAAGCGUUCCCUUUGAAACUAUUCAAGCUUUGGAUGUGGUCAUGAGGCAUUUACCUUCUUUGAGGUAUACCCCAGUGGGGCGCUCCUUCUUUACUCCCUCAGAGGGAUGCUCCAACCCUCUCGGUGGUGGCAGAGAGGUGUGGUUUGGUUUCCAUCAGUCCGUCAGGCCUUCUCUCUGGAAAAUGAUGCUCAACAUUGAUGUUUCAGCCACUGCUUUCUACAAGGCUCAGCCUAUAAUUGAGUUCAUGUGUGAAGUUCUGGAUUUUAAAAGCAUCGAGGAGCAGCAGAAGCCUUUAACAGAUUCUCAGCGAGUGAAAUUUACUAAAGAAAUCAAAGGCCUCAAAGUUGAGAUAACACACUGUGGGCAAAUGAAGAGAAAGUACAGAGUUUGCAACGUGACCAGAAGACCAGCCAGCCACCAGACGUUUCCCUUGCAACAUGAGAAUGGCCAAACUGUUGAAUGCACAGUAGCACAGUACUUCAAAGACAAGUACAAACUCAUCCUGCGAUACCCUCACCUCCCAUGUUUACAGGUAGGACAGGAGCAAAAGCAUACCUACCUACCUCUAGAGGUGUGUAACAUAGUGGCAGGACAGCGCUGCAUCAAAAAGCUGACCGACAAUCAAACCUCCACAAUGAUCCGUGCCACUGCCAGAUCAGCGCCAGACCGGCAGGAUGAAAUUAGUAAACUGAUGAGAAGUGCCAACUUCAACACCGACCCUUAUGUACGUGAAUUUGGAGUAAUGGUGAGGGAUGAAAUGACAGAAGUGAACGGCCGCGUCUUGCAAGCACCUUCAAUACUUUAUGGUGGCCGGAGCAAAGCAAUAGCAACACCGAUCCAGGGAGUGUGGGACAUGAGGAACAAGCAGUUCCACACUGGCAUUGAGAUCAAAGUCUGGGCCAUCGCCUGCUUCGCACCGCAGAGACAGUGCACUGAACUUCUGCUCAAAGCUUUCACAGACCAGCUGAGGAAGAUCUCCCGAGAUGCAGGGAUGCCCAUUCAGGGUCAGCCUUGUUUCUGCAAGUAUGCCCAGGGGGCAGACAGCGUCGAGCCAAUGUUCAGGCACCUCAAGUAUAGCUUCCAAGGCCUGCAGCUGGUGGUGGUCAUCCUCCCUGGAAAAACACCGGUUUAUGCUGAGGUGAAGCGUGUUGGAGACACUGUACUUGGAUUGGCCACACAAUGUGUCCAGGUGAAGAAUGUCCAAAAGACAACACCUCAAACCCUCUCCAACCUCUGUCUGAAGAUCAAUGUCAAGCUGGGUGGUGUCAACAACAUCCUGCUCCCGCAGGGCAGGCCGUUGGUGUUCCAGCAGCCAGUGAUCUUCCUUGGUUCAGAUGUGACUCAUCCACCAGCAGGAGACGGAAAGAAACCUUCCAUUGCUGCCGUGGUUGGUAGCAUGGAUGCCCACCCCAGCCGAUACUGUGCCACAGUGCGGGUGCAGCAGCACCGACAGGAUAUCAUCCAGGACCUGGCCAACAUGGUGCGGGAACUGCUCAUUCAGUUCUACAAGUCCACUCGCUUCAAGCCCACCAGAAUCAUUUACUAUCGAGAUGGCAUUUCUGAAGGCCAGUUUAACCAGGUCCUUCAGCAUGAGCUGCUGGCAAUCCGUGAGGCUUGCAUCAAACUAGAGAAGGAUUACCAACCUGGCAUUACCUUUGUGGUUGUACAGAAGAGACACCACACAAGGCUGUUCUGUGUGGACAGGAACGAAAGGGUCGGAAAGAGUGGCAACAUUCCUGCGGGGACCACAGUGGACACCAAAAUCACCCACCCAUCAGAGUUUGACUUCUAUCUUUGCAGUCAUGCAGGCAUUCAGGGAACUAGCAGACCGUCUCACUACCAUGUGCUCUGGGAUGACAACCACUUCUCAUCAGAUGAACUGCAGGUCCUCACCUACCAGCUUUGUCAUACCUAUGUGCGCUGCACCCGGUCAGUUUCCAUUCCAGCUCCAGCCUACUACGCCCAUCUAGUGGCUUUCCGGGCUCGCUAUCACUUGGUAGACAAAGAGCACGACAGUGCUGAGGGCAGUCAUACGUCAGGGCAGAGCAACGGGCGGGACCCCCAGGUGUUGGCCAAGGCUGUUCAGAUCCACCAGGACACCCUGCGAACCAUGUACUUUGCUUGAGAGCACAGAGCCCUGAUUGGUGUGGGUAAAACCCCACUAAUGAAACAAACGACCCCCUUCACCUAUCUGUGAGCUGCAAAUACCAUCAAAGGGCUUCACACCGUCUUUUCCCAGGCUGGCAAACCGGUCACAUGCUCAUACGUCUACAGUUGAGCUUCUCCUCCUAAACACACCUAAAUUAAGCCAUCUGCUAGAGAAAAGGGCAAAUAUAGCUGGAAAAUUGAUCAAGAUGCAUUUAAUCCUUUUUAAAAAAAAGCUGUAUUAAAAAAAUACCCUUUUUUUUCCAAGGUUUGAAAAAGAAAACGAUAAAAUAAAAGAAAGUGGGCUGUUACAUUAUGCACCAGAUUUUUUUCUGUAAUCUGGAAAAAGUUUCCUUCUGGUUCUCGUUUUUGCUUGAUUGGAUCCCGGUGCUUAAACAGAGAAUCAAAAGAUUUGGGAGCUCACUUUCUGUUUAUAUGCCUAAACAACUUCAACCAAACCUUAGCUAAUCAAGAAAGGUGCAUUGACCUGGAUGGGUACUUCAAGAAGUACAACAGUACUUCAUAUAUUGUGAAAUAUUUUCAUUUUUUUUUUUCCUUCAACAUAGGUCAUUAUUUGGUUUAAAAAGUGCCAUUUGGGAGUUUUUUUUGUUUUGUUUUUUUGGUGAAUUAGUUUAGCCCAUGGUUGGGGGUUUCUGCAUUUUUCUUCAGAUUCAGAUCAAAUUAUUUUAUGCCAAAUCUGGUGACGGUGAAAAAGACAGUUUUCAUCUGAUUUGUUCAUUGUUUGGAUUAUCUACUGAUGGGGGCUUUCGGUACAGCGGAGUUUUUACAUUUGAGCUGAUUUUAAAAUAUUUUACAAGAACCUCUUUAGUGUAGAGGAUGCUUCAAGAACCGUAAGCGGUCAUCGCACAAAGGCAUGGAGUAUGGGGGGUCUUUUUACUAAGCAAAAAUCUUCCUAACAAGGUAUAUUUUAAAUAAGCUUUCAGUAGAAACUGCUGAAAAAGUUUUUUUGGUUCAUUUUUUAAAUAAGACCGGCCCACAUUUUGUCUAAAUUAUCUCUAUUUGUAUACACAUUUUAAAUGCAAUUAUCUUGCCUUCUAAGACUCACAAUUUUACUAAUGGUAUUAAUACGUAAUAAGAUCCUACGCUCGUGAAUGUUUGUCUUGAUUGAAGGCAAGUAGGGUAGAUUUUCUAACUAUGCAUCCUUUUUAGCAUUGAGAUUUAGGCGUUAGAGGGGAUCCCACAUGAAAUUGGAUCGUGUCUAGAGGUAGACAAUCGGAUUUUUGUGUCCUCUUUUACUUUUAAGUGUUUUGCGUUUAGUACCGUUUCUUAGUGCUUCUGAGCAUCUUCAUGCGUUUGUAAUAGGAUAAAGUGGUCAUUUGUGACAUUGUAGAUUUUACAGCCUAAAAAUGAGUGUAUCCUUUAUAACAUCCAAUCUUUCAUGGCCAAACAAGAUUACAGAUUUUUACAUGAUUAUUAUUCAAAAGAUAUAAAAGCACAAAAAGGCAUUUUUGACUCAUGGUGCUAGAUGUUUUCACUGUAAAUUACCUUAAGUCCUCAAUGAUAGAUACUUUGUUAUUUUUAUGAUCCUUCCUCUCAUUUUAACUACAAGAUCCCCUCUUUAUUUCUUUUUUUUUUAACUCAACACCCGUAAAGAAACUAGAGAUCCGACUGACUGUGUUUGUGGGGCAUUUUGGGGGAGAAAAAAAAAGAAAUCCCAUACUUGAUAUUUACUGUUCUGAUGUCAAUAUUGUUCUUAUCGGUGCUGGUCUCACAACAUGUAAAUUUGGAUGCACUUUUGAUAGCAGAAUUAUGGGUAUGACUUCUGAUGUGUUUUUUUUUUUUUUUUUUUUUUUUUUUCCCAUUUAAUCAGAACCGAAGGCUCGGCCAUAUUGUUCGACACUGGUGUAAUUGCAUGGAAAUGGUCGUGUGUUCUACCUCUUGUUACCUGUUGAUGUGUUAUGGUAACAUCACACCGCUGGCCAUUUCUGUAUAAUUACCCUCAGCUUGGUUUGUGACAUGUUGACUUUAGAGGCUUGGUGAGCAUGAUGGUGGAUUCUUUGUAUUUUUUUGCGUUUUAGGUAUUGUAGUUGCCUGAUUUUUAUAUUUAGUUUUUUGCAAACCGAAGAGACAAAACAUGUUUGCGUUUAAAUACUAUGACCAAAUGCUUCUAGUGUGUUUUGUACACAACUCUCCCUCUUUUUGCUCCUUUUUCUAUGCACCACUAAAAUGACACUUUGAUCUAACCCAUGGCUCUCUGCUCAAGCUGUGUAACAAAGCAAAACUUCUUCUUCAUCAAGACAAAGUCAAUGUAUCUCAGUGGUGCUAUCAUUAAGAAGUUUCUAAGAUAAUUAGGAAAGUAGAGAUGCCCCGAUUUCUGAACACCGGUUUUAGUACAGCUUGGACCUGCCAAUGUGGAUUUUAGCCAGUUAUGCUCUCUAUAGCUAUAAUAUUUUAAAAAAUAUAUUUUUUUAGGAGCCUGUAUGAAAUAUCUCUGUAGAGAAUAGUUUCGUUUUUUUAAAUAACAUCUUAUACAGCUCUUCUAGUUGUCUUUUUGUAACUUAGAGUUUUCUUCCCGUGGUAACAAUUUCCACACCGAAAAGUGUUGCUAGGACGCCCUGUUGAUGCUUAAGGAAGCUCCGAUUCCCACCAGUCACUGACUCCGGUCACCCCGGUAGAAAAGUGACGUGUAGCGUCUGGUUAAGUAUCGGUAAAUUCGUUCUGAAACGAUGGGACGGGAAGCAUCAGACGGAGUGAAGUGCACUGCUGAGUUUAAUUGACUUUGUCUUUGUGUGGAUGCAGGCCUUUGUGAUAUUUCAACACAUUUAAUUGUCCACUUCUCAGACGCUGUCGUUACUACGUAUUUGUAAAUUUGUUCCCUUAAUUUGAUUUCCUUCAUGGAAAGUGGAAGAUGGAGGCUUCAAUAAUUGUAACAAAUAGACUCUAGAAAAAACAGUAACUUGAAAACAUUUAAGUGCUCGUUACGGAGAUAGCUUUCAGAUUUGUUGUUACUGCUUGUUUUUUGUGUGAGUUUUACGUUCCCUACACCAGCACCUUAUAAAACCAGAUCAAAAUGGCAUUGCUUUUGCUUGAUAUAAAAAAAAACCUCCAAAACGUACAUUUGCACUAAAUAAACAAAAAUAAUUUUGUAGCUACUCAUGCAUUAACAGCACAAACCUGCAGCCACUUGUUCUUUAAUUAGUGUUUUCUUCCUAUGCCAUACUUGCUGUUCAGAGGGAGCAUUCCAUCUAGCCAAUCACAAUUGAGAUAUUCAUUUUUUUCAAAAAUAACCUAAAGCCUUUAAACAACAUUAAUAAGAGCGACAUUUCGGGUUGAGUGGGUGGCCUUUUGUAUAGAAUUGUUGUGCAUAGAUGUGUUUUCUAUAAACCAAACAAAGGUUUUUAACAGAGCUGAUAAACUGGGAGUGGGAAAAUUGUGAGCCAGCUUGUAGGAUGCCAAAGCGCUACAUGUCCUGUUAGGUAAACGGUGUGCUACAACCCUUCCCAAGUAAGACCAAAAACAAACAAUGAAGCAAAGCUCAGAGGAGUUUUUGUCACUUCAAUUUUUCCAUCUUCUUCUUUUUUUUUUAUUGAGUUCGAUCCAGGAUGUUUACAGCAGUGACAAGUUUUCCUGAUCUGGAUGAAUGUGGCGUUAUGUUGUAGAUCUCGGGGUACCUGUGGUGGUAACCCUGAGCACCUUACGGAAGACUUUAUUUCUCUUGAAUGUGUUAAAUUCACAUAUGUUAAAUUUAUUAUUUUUUAAAGGUUUUCUUGUUGGAAAUCAAAUCCUGGACCAAGCAGGUACCAGAAAUAGCCAAUAUUAACUAUAAAUACCAUAUCAAAGUAUGCAAUACAAUAGAAUAGUUAUCUGUUUUUUGUGUUUAAACUUCUAAUUCAAACUGACUGUUUUUCAGUCUAAUAUUUUACGUUUUCAUGAUUUUUGGAUUGAAACUAUUAGAUGAUUUAUUUCCAAAUCAUUCCCAUCUGCAUAGUCAUUUCUCCUCCAUCUGAGUUGCUUAUCUUUGUUGUUUAGCAAAACUGUUGCUUAUAUAAAGUUAUGUUUUUAGAGUAGAGCCUGUUUUCCACAUCUUCAGAUUGUAAUUAGUCUGUUAGGUUUGUAAUUUUGAGCUCUGCUUCUGUACAAAACAUUUUCUUUAUGAUUGCUGUGUGGCUCUGUUCUUAUGAACAGAAAAUUGUAGACUUUGUCAGCAAGGAUCUCUGAACUUUUCAUUAUCAGCUGAUUUAGAGAGCAGCAGGUGUGAAGGGAAGUUGUAUCUUCAGCUUGUGGUUUGUCUAAGGUCUGCAUCUGUUUUUUUAUUUUAUUUUUUUUUAAUUUGGGAGGAUUUCUUGUUUGUUGUAAGAUUUCCAGCUUGUGCUUUAGCUCUGGGCCUGGUAAUCCCACAUGCCCCCUGUGGACUUGUUCUGUAAUGUUUGAAUUUUUUGACAGACGCAUGUAUUUUAACCUCUUGCCAGCAUAUAGUUGUUAGCAGCUGGGCGUGUAAAGUGAUGAUCUGUUUUGCAGAGCUUCACCAGGUAUUAUUUCUGUUUGUAUAUAAACCCUCUGAAGAAUCAGUUUGUUUCUGGCAGUCAUUGUAACCAUGUCCAUCUAGUUACUUACAGCCGUGUGACAGCAAUGUACAAGAUCUUUUCUAUUACAGCAUGAACGUAUCUAGCAGCAUCACUCAAUCUUGAAAUGUUCUUCAUCUUCAUAUCAUGGUUAUUGGUCUUUUAAGAUGAAGAGCACCUUUACCUACCCUGUGUGGCAAAAGACUUUUUUUUUCCUCCCCAGUUCUGAAGAUCUCCACAAAUAUUAGAGCAAUUUCCAGUCAGUUUCUGUGUAAAAGGCCUCAAGGAUGGAUGCUGACAUGUAGGGGUGUGAUGAUGUACUCGUGUCCCAUUAGAGUAAAGUUUGUCUGGCAACGUUCUAGCUAGUUGCUGUCUCAGCAUUAUUUUGUCUCAUGAAAUAAAUGUAUUGGUUCUUGGAAGGGUGUCACAUCUGAGGUGAGGCCGUUGUAAUCAGAAAGGCAGCAGUUGUUUCCAAUGACCAGGCUACCUACUAUUGGCAAUGCGAACUCAGAUCGGAGAUAAAUACAUUACAAGCAUUCGAACAGUAAAGGUACUUGUUCAGACACAAGUUGUCCAACAUUUGCUAUCAGAACUCCUGACUUUAUGGGCCGUUCUACUUUAUUUCUUUUCCUGCCUUGGAAUUUGAAAAGUUAAAACCAUAAGAGCCUUUUAAAAGAAGUGGAGUGCUGCAUUUACAUUUUGACUUUUAGUUUGAAGUAAGAAAGGAAGUGGUUCUUAAGUUGCCUGGUUGUGUUGACAUUAUUGACUAAUUAAAACUUCUCACCGGAUUGGUUGACAACACUGAUUGCAUGCUGACAUUUUUACGAUCAAUUUGUUAGCACUCCAAGAAAUUAUCACUAAACUGCAGCUGCGUAGAAGUUCGUAGCUUCUUAUCAGCGCCAAAAGGCUACUUCUGUUCUGUUUAUUUUAAGGAAUCUCCACAUUUGAUUACCUCUAGUUUAAUAUCUAAAAUACUUAAAUCAAACAUGAACUGGACUUAUCCACACUGAAUGGAAAAGUAGUUCUACGAAACCGUCACUCUCUUUUAACUCCUUUUCUGUUCUCAGUGUUUUACAAGAUUAGGACCAGCAUAGAUUGCAAGCAUGAAAACAAAAUGAUUUUUUUACACUCAUUACUGAUUCCUUAAAACACUGUGUUUUAUGAAAAUGAGGAGUCUUGCUUUUCCCCCAUAAGGUAUUAAAAUCUUCUUUUGGUUUCCUGAACCAAUUAUUGUGUAUCGUCUCGUGAACUCUAGUAUCGUUGCACCCCUUCUAGUCAGUUUAAAGAAGUUUACAUUUUUAAUCAUCAGUGGGGUUUAGUGUGCGUCUGCCAAAUAAACAAGUAUUUGAAUGGCAAUAAGGACACGAAAUCCUCACUUCAUCCAGUUUGUGUCAUGGCAGUUAUUAAAACUCUUCAGGCAGAAAUGACCAAGCCCCAUCCACUAUGCUUUUUAGUGUAACUGCUCCUCUAAAUGACAUCUUUAGUGAGAACUGUUUGGAAAUCCUGCACACAUCCUCUCCUUCCAGGCAGUCGUUUUUAAAAAAAUAUCCCAUCUCGACAAUAACAUUUUAAAAUUCCUUUUUUUUUUUUUGGGUUGUUUUUGGAUCCACCAGCUUGUAAAGAACUACCUCAGUGCAGCGUCUGGCGCUUGCUACCAUCAUCCCGCAUGUUUAUGAGAAAGGUGGCAAAAUGAACUCACGUAGUGACCAAACCGAUACAAGCCAAUAUUGUGUGAGUGCUUUGCUGUUUUCAGAACUUUUAAUGAACGGAGUUGCCGUGCUCUGAUACAUUUUUAGGGGACCAAAUUUAUUUAUUUGUUUUGGUUUGUUUGAGUGAGUCGGAGAACCCAGCAUUAACUUUUGGAUGUCUCUGUGUGAUAUAAACCAUAAUCAUGACUGGAUCUUUCACAUGUGCCAUUGUGAUCCUGAUUUUCUUGGUGAUCAUGAGGGUCCUUUGUUUCAGCAGCAAAGUUGUUGUGAGACGCGGUUGCGGCGAUGUUUCUGUUGGCGUGUGGGUUGACGAUCGUUCGUACGUGGGCCUUUUCUGGUGUGACGGCCUGUUUGCUGCAACACGUCUUUUUUGGGGGGGAUUUCAAAUCAGUUGGAUUCCAUAUUAGUUUUUACCAGAAAGCCAAAACAUUAUGGUGUGACAUUUCUGCCUUUCUUACUAGUUGUUACACUCAGCAUCCCCCUACGUUUGCUCAUUAAAGGGAAUAAGCAUGUUUCAGCCCAACUAACAGCGUAUCAAAUCAUUCGACCAAAGGUACAUAUGAGCCAGUAGACAUCCAGCAUGCUCACUGUUGAUUUUUUUUAUUUUUUUUUUUUAUUAUGUGCCUUUUGUCGAAUCUCUCCUUCAUCUGCUCCAGCAUUAGGUUUCGAGCCCCGUCUCAUCGCAAAGGGUCGGCAAAAAAUCAGCAGUGCUGCGUAAGGCACCCUCUCCGUUUUUAAUAACCUUGCGUUUAGAUGCUGCAUAGAACGAUCAGUAUUUCUGUUUUGCACUUUUUUAAGGCAGUUUCUGGAAGAAAAAAACAAAAAAACCAUAAAAAUAAAAACGCCCGUUUUAGCUUGGGCUGUAAGUUAAACAAAUAACUGACGAGGUAUUUAUGCUAUCAAUAGGAACUAUAAGGAAUAAUGAGUUAGAAAAGCUUUUCUAAAAAGGUCGAUAUAUCUAUCUAUAUAUAUUCAUGAAGUACCUCAUAAGCCUGAUAUAUGCUGCAUUGACUCUGUUUUGUCCUCUUUAAGUGUAUUGUCCAACGCUAUAUUUUUGAAAUUUCCCCUAAUGGGAGGUUUGAAUGUCACGACGAGCUGCACACCCUGCGCCUCACCCGAUUGUUGGCCAAACCCACUUGAACUUUAUCCAAGCGUUCCUCCACUCAUGUUAACUUUCUUUUUGCCAUUUAAUGAAAAGCUAUUUUGUAGCCUAAGAGUUGAUGGUGCACCAAGCGUCUGUGUUUUAACACGAUUUGACUCAGGUAUCACCAUGGAAGGGCUGUAUCUCCUCACCCUGUCCCUAAACAACCCAACACACCCCAGCCCUUACACAUUUGUCUUAAGAUAGCCUUAGAGCUACAUGAAAGUUCCCAUUUGGCCUUAACGUGAUAGAAAUUAUGCACUACAAUAUUCCCUCCCCCCCAUCAACAUUGUUGUCAUCACCAUGUUAUCUACCUCCUGUGAAUGUAGAGCCUGUCCUGGAGAUGUAGUUGACAAGAUUUUCCUCCUUUUCUUUAAAGGAGAUGAAUAACAUAAAAAAAAUUAACCAACUGGUUUCAGGACACUCAAUUCUCCUUCAUGUCCCGCCCUUUUUUUUUAUUUUUAUUAAUUUCAUCCCAUCAGCAUUUCCAUAGCAACCAAAGUGUUUUGGCAGAGGCAGCUCUGCGAAGCUGCGUGAAUUCAGACCUCCCUUCACUUCUCUCCCUCUUUUUCUUUAAAACCACCGACAUGCCAAAAAACUGAGUUUGCUGUCCUUUCUGUUCUGGUGAGGGUUCUUCAUGUUGCUGAAUUUCAUUUGUUCACAUCCACUGCUAAGCUCCUUGUUUGUGGUGAUUUUGUAAAGAUGUAAGCUUUCUGUUUCACAUUUACUUUAUUUUAUUUUUGGGUAAUUAUGCUUGCAGAACAUAAAACAUGCUGUAAACCCUGUUAGAACAUAAUGUGAAUACGUAUCACGUAAUAUAGUUCACACUUUUGGCUUGACUGUAAGUUGCGUUAAUUAAUAAAAAACGUUUAAAAUA